AUUCCUAUUCGGCUACUACACCAAGGGCAGAGGGAGAGAGUUAGAGGUGGGUCGCGGGACCCACUCUGGCUCGAGUUAGAAAAUGAUCAAUUAGGUAUAAUAAUUAAUCGGGUAUGAAAAAUAAUAUGUAUUUAAAUGAAAUUGAUAGAUCUUUGAAAUAUUUUAUAUAUGAUUUAUAACGAGCGUUGACAUUAGGGGUGGCUAUACGGUCUGGUCAGGUCCGGUUAAAUUGGACCAAAUUGAUCCGGUCCCAGUUCGGUCUUUUCGGGAAUAUAAGGACCAAAGAUUGGAUUGGAUACAGUCCGGUCUUGAUCCGGUCCGGUCUUGACCCCGUCCGGUCUCAAUUUUAUCUUGAUUUUAGGUGUGGGGGUCUCUUAUCCGGUCUUUAACCGGUUUUUUUACCUCAAAUCUAAGCCCAAAUAUGAGAUUGCAUUGUUUGCUAUCCGGUCCCAGUCCGGUCCCGGUCCGGGUUAUACGGUCCGGUUUCGGGUAAAACUAAACAGCCUGGGACCAAAUUGCCACCCCUAGUUGACAUAUUCAAUGUAUUUAUAACGAGCUAUGUACAAAUGAUAAUGAUGUAUAUGAUUCGACCAAAAUUGAAGAUGUAUGUAUUCAAUAUUUACAACAAAUUUCCACCAAAUCAUAAUUCAUUUGUAAAAAUAAUUUUAUUUCAAUCAGGGGGUAGGGAGAUUGUAGCAGGUGUUUCCUAAGGACGAAAAUGAGUAAAUACGUAUAAUAGUUAAUUGAGAAUGAAAUUUAGGGCACUUCUAAUUGAGAAUGGUUGACCGAGAUAUCAUUUGUUCGAAUCUUUGUAACCCCAUUUGUUAAACACAUGAUAUUCGGAUUUACGUAAACUUUAAGCACGCAUAAGUUGGUUGUAGUAAGCAGGAAAGUGUUAGUAAAUACUAAAUAGUAUUAGAUUCAUUAUUAAAUCUUUCCUAACAACUCGAGUUAAUGAUACUAAACGGUCUUGACGAAGAACACGAUUCAAAAGCAAAUAUCUAACUAAAUCAUAAAUAAUUGUUUGAUACAUAUAUGGUGAUAUUCUUGAUAGUUUUGACAUAUAAUUUAAUUUACCAAGUUUUGCAAUACAAAAUUAUAUCAUGAACGAUUUAGAAAGCUAACAAAAUUAUUUUAUCAUAUGUAUUUUUUCUAAAUGGACCCACCCUCGACAAAAUCCUGGCUACGCACCUGAGUCUACACCUAAAACCUAACAUCCAUAGCGACGACAAUGAAAUCCCCCAAACAUGUUAGGCAAACAAACAUUAUCAGUAAGUAACCACAUUAAUAUCGUCGUUUGGCUGGAGACACCUUGGUGGGUAUGUGCAAUGUGGUUAAUUGGUUAUUAAUAGAACAAGGUUGCUCGAAAACCUGAAAAAACACUCAUUGACUAACGUCAGAUGCAGCGGCCGGCAGUCCGGCACCUGCAUCCAUCUAACACUUAACGUCAAAUUAAUGUGUGUCCGGCCGCUAAAUAUAUUGAAUGAAACUCAUCCCAGUAUCCCACUACUUCUGCUCGCCAGUUUCUCAAUUCAGAUAACGAAAAAUGGAGCAACUGAAGCCAAGCCCCCCAAACUCCUCUCCGCUAACGCCGCUCACGUUCUUGGAGCGCGCGGCCACCGUCUACGGCGACUCCCCUUCCGUCAUCUACAACUCCACCACCUACACAUGGUCCCACACCCACCGCCGCUGCCUCCAGCUCGCUUCCUCCAUCUCCUCCCUCUCCAUCCGACGCGGCGACGUCGUUUCCGUCCUCUCCCCCAACACCCCCGCCAUGUACGAGCUCCACUUCGCCGUCCCCAUGGCCGGCGCCGUGCUCAACACCGUCAACUCCCGUCUCGACGCCAGAACCGUCUCCCUGAUUCUCCGUCACGCCGAGUCCAAGCUCCUCUUCGUCGACGCCGGGUCGGCGUCUCUAGCCCUCGAAGCCAUAUCUAUGUUCCCUGCCGACAAGCCGCGGCCUCGUCUUGUCCUGGUCAACGACGAAGACGUGGCACACAUACUACCUGCUGCCGGUCAUUUCAUCGGUACUUACGAAGAUUUCGUAACCAAGGGUGACCCCGGGUUCGAGUGGGUUCGACCGGUUAGCGAGUGGGACCCGAUGGUCUUGAAUUAUACAUCAGGGACCACCUCGGCUCCCAAAGGUGUGGUCCACUGCCACCGUGGCAUUUUCCUAAUGGUGCUCAACUCCCUGGUCGAUUGGUCCGUCCCGACUUGCCCGGUCUACCUGUGGACCCUCCCCAUGUUCCACGCGAACGGGUGGUCUUACACGUGGGGGAUGGCUGCGGUCGGUGGGACCAACGUCUGCCUCCGUAAAUUUACCGGAGCGACGAUUUUUGCCCUGAUCGAGAACCACGGGGUCACCCACAUGUGUGGCGCACCCGUGGUUCUCAACAUGCUGCUGACCAACUCCUCAUCCACAAAUCCAACCAACAAACGAGAGCUGUUGAGCCACCCGGUUCAGGUGCUGACCGCAGGGGCUCCACCACCGGCCCCGGUUCUCCAUCGGGCCGAGUCACUGGGCUUCGUAGUCAGCCACGCGUACGGGCUGACCGAGACCGCUGGUGUGGUCAUCUCGUGUGCGUGGAAGCAGGAAUGGAACCGAUUUCCUGCGACGGAGCGAGCCAGGCUGAAGUCGAGGCAAGGGGUUCGAUCCGUGUCCAUGACCGAGGUGGCGGUUUUGGACUCAGGAACCGGGUUACAGGUCAAACCAGAUGGGUUAGCGGUCGGGGAAGUGGCCAUGCGAGGCCCGUCAGUGAUGCUCGGUUACUUAAAGGACCCGGCGGCGACGGCGGCGUGCAUGAAAGGGGACGGGUGGUUUUACACGGGUGACGUGGCGGUGAUGCACCCGGACGGGUAUUUGGAGAUAAAGGACAGGUCGAAGGACGUCAUCAUCAGCGGCGGGGAGAACUUGAGCAGCGUGGAGGUGGAGUCCGUGCUGUACGGGCACCCGGCGGUGAAUGAGGCGGCGGUGGUGGCCCGACCCGAUGAAUUCUGGGGGGAGACGCCGUGUGCGUUUGUGAGCUUGAAGAAGGAGUAUGAUCAUGAAUCAAACAAGAUGCCGAUGACGACGGAGAAGGACAUAAUUGAGUACUGCAGGGCGGCGCUGCCGCGUUACAUGGUGCCCAAAACGGUCGUGUUUAAGGACGAGCUGCCGAAGACGUCGACGGGAAAGAUUCAGAAGUUCGUGCUCAGGGAAAUUGCCCGGGCGAUGGGGUCGCCGUCGUCGUCGACAUUAUCAAGCAAAUUGUGACGAUGGUUAUAAAAGGAUAUAAAUAUUUGAGAGUCCAUAUAUAUAUAUCCAUAGUGUGCAUAAAAAAAAAAAAAAAGACAAACUCUCGUGCAUUAUUUCUAUUUCGUUAAUAUUUUUUUAAUCGUUCGUGAUAAUACGUCGUGGUGGCUUUUUGUUAUUAUGCUAGAUGGACAAUAAUUUACUACAAAUAUAAAAUAAUAAACAGUAGUGUGACAAGCAGCGACGACUGGCCAAAUAAAAAAGGAUCGACUUAUGUUGAGCAUAUUGCUUUCUUGUCCUUGUUUUGCAGGCUGGGUUGCUGUCUCCUUGGAAUCAUGGUCUUUUUCUAUAAUAUAAUUUAUAUAUUACUUUGCUUAAUUUGAGGUUUUGAAACGUAACAUUAUGUUACCAUAACCUUACAAAGCAUAUAGUUCGGGUGGUUGAAGAUGUUUUGAUGCAGUGCAAGAAUUCGUUAUGUGGAUUUAUCCACCUAACUGACAAAGAAAAACAAGGACAACCAAAAGAUAUAAAGAAAAAAAAAACAAUAGAUCAAAGAAAUUUGAGAUUGAAAUUGCGGUGUGAUUUGAGCAAGACUGUUGGCGAUCGUGUAAUAAAAUCUAUAUUCAUUGGAAAAAAGCCAAUCACACAAUCUAAGAUUCAACCCCAUUCCAAGUUUGUUAACACAACCUGUAUCGUGUAGGAUAAUCUAAGUGCAUAUGAAAAGAUAAUGCAACAAGUUUUAUGUUGUCGAAACCUAAAUAUUAACUCAAUGCCAUUUUUUUAAAAAUCUUUUGUCUACAUCUACAAAACAAUGGAUCUACACAAAGUUUCACAUAUUAGCUGAAAAUAGAUUUUGUACUUUUUUAUUACGGAAGUAGAAUUUAUGCAAGAGACUUUUUUUGGGUGAAACAAUAGUAAAUAUAGAAGAAUGCUAAUGAAAACCACCAAGCCCAAUUGAUUUCUCAUCGUUGAGAAUAUGAAAUCACAGUUCAAAAUUUUUUUUAUAACGAGGAACACCCUCCACGUAGGGCUGUAAAUGAGUCGAGCCGAGUCGAGUUUUACCCCAGUUUGAGCUCGGCUCGUUAAUAAACGAGUUGAGCUCGAGCUCAGGUCGUUUAUUAACGAGUCGAGCUCGAGCUAACUUGUUUACUAAAAUCUUAACUUUUAUUUGGUACUUCAUUUUAUAUAUCAUUAUACAGUUGAUUUAUUUUGUUAGCUAAUAUCAUAUUAUACUUUGUUGGUAUCAUAUAUCAUUUAGUUAAUAAAUUUUAAGUACUCCA